UACAAUUUCUAGUUUUGCGAAUUGUUUAAGUGAAACUUUAUUCGUAAAGCUGCUGGAAAGUAAAUAGUAUCGAAUUACUUGGGGAAAACCUUUGCAACAGCGGCCACAGAAACAAUUGAAUCAAUUUUGCGAUUGACAGUUCCAGAGAAUUCAUGCAGCUAAAGUUUCGAUUUCAAGAAUCUAAGUAAAGUCGAUCGAGAAACAUCCAACGAAAAAUGAUGCCCCGGUACAUGGUCAAGUGGAGAGUGUACGUCUAUGCCAACUCGCUGUAUUCCCUUCCAGACUCCAUCAAGCCCGACUUUCGCGAAUGGUCGCCCCAAUACUUUCGCCGCAAUUCAUUCGAGAUCCAUAGGAUCAUGAAUUGGGUCAACCGUGAUGCCUCGGUGCUCUUGAAAUCCAACAAAACUGAUGUUUUUCUAGUAUACGAGGUCAUCUUGAGUCUGCUGACUCGUGUUAGCAUUAAAAGCUUGGAGUUCGGCUCGGCGGUGGUCAACUAUUUUGGCGUCAAGACCCAUCAAUUCAUCCAUGAGCUGAUGAACUUUGCCCGAUCCCCGUACGAUGACAUAAUAUCGUACGAGUGCAACACUAUGUACAGGCAUUUCCCAGAGGGUGGAGCCAGUACUUCAGCGAUGGCCAGGGAAUUGUCCUCUAAGCUGUACAACUUUGUGGAAUUCUCGCGGAGCAUUAACUACGAUGACUGCGGUGGCUUCGAGGCGGAUCUGGCGCUGGAGGAUGAGGAUUACGGCGAGCUAGGUGAAAUGGUGGCAGAGCGCUUAAAUCCUCCUUUCGUCGUGGAGACGGACGGGGAAAUGGUGGGACCCAGAGGGAGCCAGAGCCACUCACUGAUUCAGUCAGUUACCCAGGUGAACCACUCCACUCAAUCUCAAGCAGCGGCACAAGGCCAACACCAGGCAGCUCAGCAAGCCCAGCAGAGGGGGCAACGGGCUUCGCAGCCAGGACAUCAGCAUGCCUCCACCUCUGACAGCCUUCAGCUGGAGGAUCUGGAGCUCGAGGUGGCCAUCGAACGUAGCAUAUUUGAAGGAGUCGCAGCGGCCCAAGGAACCUCCCAGGCAUCCGCCCAAGCAACAGCCCAGGGAGCCUCCCAGGGAUCGGAGCUCCAUCUGCCAAGCGAGUUCGUCCUGCCGAGCGGACGAGUGCUGCACCUUGCCCAUGCGGCCAGCGGCCGUGCGGUGCGCAAUGCCAGCGGAUCCGGCGUGGUAAGUGCACAGCCACCACAAGCUGCCGUCUCCGGUGGCUCCACUGCCUUUGCCGCCGCCCAGACACCCGCCCAGGCUCGCAGUUCUGGACAGCAGGGACGGCGUCGUCGCCCGCCCCGCGCUCGCUAGGAUAAGUCCCUAAUUACAAUGUUGCAUCACUUUCAACCCAUGUAUAAUACAAUCGAUGCCCUCCGAAAGGCCCACAAAAAGGGUUUAAAACGCAUUAAAAAUUGAUAACGAUAA